GCCCGCAGGAAUUCCACCGCUGCAGUUCAGCCUACACCCGUCCGUGCCAACAGCGAGACUGCCUCUGCACAGACUCCUGCACAGACGCCUGCAAACACGCUUCCGCCGGCUCCAAUGGGUAUGGCGACACUGCAGACGCUCAGGCUGGGCUGCAAACUGUUCGUCAAGAAGGAUGGAGAGUGGAGGAAGGCGGAGAUUCUGCAAUUCCAGCAGAGGCAUAGUGGGAUGCAUUACUAUGUUCAUUAUUCCGAAUUCAACAAGCGAUUGGAUGAAUGGGUCCCCGCGGAUCGCCUUGACUUGAGCCGCGAAGUGGAAUGGCCACGACUCGAGACUACAAAGAAGAGGACUGGUGUCGGCAAAGUUAGCUCUACAGAUUCUCCAGCACCCGGCAAAGCGCGACCUGGGAAGGCUCAACCCGGUAAAGCACAAAAACGGCCUGCUGCACGGAAUAGGCGACAAUCUGAGUUGCCUGGUACCCCUAAUGCAGAGACGCCCAUGACUGAGAGGCAAGAUAGUAUGGGAGACGGCCUGGAGCCACCAGAGACCCCGGCAGCUUUUGAUGAUGACAUGAUGGAUAUUGACCAGGAUGAUGCUGGGCAUCGCGACAUCCCCGAAGUAUUUUCCAAGGAACAGGAAAUCGAAAAAUUGAGAACGUCCGGUUCUAUGACACAAUCCGCUCACGAAGUCGCACGCGUCAAGAACCUAAACCGCAUGCAAAUCGGGAAAUUCGAGGUCGAGCCAUGGUAUUUCUCACCUUAUCCGGUUGAGUUAACGAUGUAUGACAUGAUCUUCGUUUGCGAGUUCUGUUUGUCAUAUUACGGCUCCCGGAAGCAGUAUGAGCGACAUCGUCAUAAGUGCACACUACAGCAUCCCCCUGGCAAUGAGAUUUACCGCGAUGGGAAGGUGUCAUUCUUUGAGAUCGACGGUAGGAAGCAGCGGACGUGGUGCCGUAAUCUGUGUUUGUUGUCGAAGUGUUUCUUGGAUCACAAGACGCUUUACUACGAUGUCGAUCCAUUCUUGUUCUACGUAAUGACUGAACGGGAUGAAUACGGAUGUCACGUCAUCGGGUACUUCUCCAAGGAGAAGGAAUCAGCAGAUGGUUACAACGUCGCAUGUAUUCUGACACUCCCACAAUACCAACGUCACGGAUGGGGCCGACUAUUAAUUGCAUUCUCGUAUCUCCUGUCGAAGAACGAAGGCAAACAAGGAUCUCCAGAAAAGCCCUUGUCUGAUUUGGGUCUCCUCUCCUACCGUGCAUACUGGUCCGACCUCCUCAUCGAUCUCUUACUCUCCGGCACCGCGCCAACGGAAACGACCAUCGACGAAAUCGCCUCCAAGACAUCCAUGACGACGAACGAUGUUGUACAUACGCUACAGACGCUAAAUAUGCUCAAAUACUACAAGGGUCAGCAUAUUAUCUGUUUGACGGAUGCGGUUGUGCAGCAGCAUGAGAAGCAGAGUAAAAAAAGGAAGAGAGAGGUUCAGGACGAUUGCUUGCAGUGGAAGCCGCCUGUGUUUACGGCUGCACAGUUAAGGUUCGGGUAUUGAGGUGCAUGGAUGAAUCGGUUGUAGGGUUGGAUAUGGGUUGGCGCAAUGAUUUCUUAUUUAGCAUGAUACCCGUCUAACAUAGGCAUGAACGUGAAAGCGAAU